AUGUUCAUGGGCUACGAAGAAGCGUCAAAAGCUUAUCGAGUGUACGACAUUGAGGCGGGCCAAGUGGUGAUCAGUCGUGACAUCACCUUCGACGAAUCGACUUUUGACUUUUCGAUGGACCGACCAAGUGACGAUGAUGAAGAUGCGGAGUUGGACCUCGACCUCCUGGCGAUCAACGAGGACGACGUGCGUCAAACCGUCUACAAGCAGACUGGCAAGCGCAAGAGUGAAGCAAGACCCGGCAUGUCACGGUCAGCUCGCCCUCGAACUGGGUUGGAACAAGCAAGUGCGCCGGAACACGUCUCCAACCGUCACCAGAAACGACGAUCAAGUGCUCCAGAAACGAUGUCUGAUGACGAAGAAGAUGCAAGCGUGUACGAUCAAGAUGACGACUCGACGCCUCCAACAUUUUGGCGUGCAAGUGCAAACGCAGUGGAAGCAACGGACCUAGCAGAACCUGUGACUUUUCAAGACGCGAUCAAUGGUCCUGAUCAAACUCACUGGCGAAAUGCUGUGAAGGCGGAACUCAAGUCGAUGCAUCUUCGUGGAGUUUUCCGUGCGGCAAAACUGCCAAGAGGCCAAGGCGCGAUCGGCACCAAGUGGGUGUUCAAGAUCAAGCGCAAAGCGGAUGGAUCGGUCGAGAAAUACAAGGCGCGUCUCGUUGCCAAGGGCUUCAAGCAGAAGUACGGCAUCGACUACACGGAGACGUUCUCGCCCGUGGUCAAGUACGUGACACUGCGUAUGGUGAUCGCGAUCACCAAGUAUUUCGACUGGCCACUGGACCAACUCGAUGUGGUGACAGCCUUUCUCUACGGAGUGAUGAAGGAGAAGGCGAUCUACGGUCUCAAGCAAGCUUCACGUGUGUGGAACGAGACUUUCGACGAGUUCGUAUGCUUUAUCGGUUUCGAAGUGUCGGCGUUCGACCCAUGUCUCUACAUCAAGGUUGUCGACGGUCACUGUGUGCUCGUGCUGGUCUACGUGGAUGACGUGUUGGUCACCGGCAGCUCGCUCGAGUUGAUUGCGCAGACGAAGGCCGACCUCAAGACGCGUUUCGAGAUGACCGACAGUGGCAAGUGUACUUUUGUACUGGGCAUCGAACUGGUGGACGAAUCGGAUGGCAGCGUGACGAUGUGCCAGCGACGGUAUGUCAACGACAUCCUCAAGCGCUUCGGCAUGGAUGAGUGCAAGGCCACAGCAAGUCCGGUCGACUUGAGCACUCGGCUUGUCGCAAGCACCGAAGCGGCCAAGAUCGACGUUCCGUUUCGUGAAGCUGUGGGAGCUUUAAUGCACUUGACGACUGCGACGCGCCCGGACAUUGCGUAUGCUGUGGGAUACGUCUCGCGCUUCAUGGGGAAUCCGCAGCAAGAACAUUGGACGGCGGUGAAGCGCAUCUUUCGUUACUUGCAAGGGACCAAGUCGCACGGACUCCGCUUCCAGCCAAGCGACAAGAUCGACUUUCGUGGCUACUCGGACGCGGACUGGGCCGGCGACCACGCUGAUCGCAAGUCGACUUCGGGUUACACUUUCAUGCUGAUGGGUGCUCCUGUGAGUUGGGGAAGCAAGAAGCAGUCAAGUGUGUCGCUGUCGACGAGUGAAGCGGAAUACAUCGCACUGAGUCUGGCCAUCCAGGAAGGCAAGUGGGUGCAUCGCCUGCUAUGCGAGAUUUUGGCGACCGCAAACGAACCAGGACCGGACCUCGUCAUCCGUGAAGACAACCAGUCGUGCAUCAAAAUGACGAAGAAUCCGGUGAAUCAUGGCCGCGCCAAGCACAUCGACAUCAAGUACCAUCACAUCCGUGAUGAGGUCAAGCGCGGGGAAGUGCAGCUCGAGUAUUGCGAGACUUCCGUGAUGAUGGCGGACAUCAUGACCAAGGGACUUUCGGGACCUCGUCACAAGGACUUGACGACGGCUCUCGGCAUUCGUGCGAGUUCGGAUUGA